AUGUUUCGCGGAUCGAGCAUCAAACAAGCUCGGGUCGCGUUGCAGGAUCUCCAACAGAUCGGGAUCUCCAUCUUCAACAGGAGCCCGGGGCACGGCAUCGCCUUCCUGGUGGCCAUGGGCGUCGUGCGGGACUUUCCCGUGGAGAUCAACAACUUCCUGGUGAGGCUUGCCGCAGAUCCAGAGAAGAUGGGCGAUUACCUUAGCGAGGAGUUCCCCACGGCGCAGACUUUGCGGCUAGAGUUUCUGAACUCCUUGCCGCUGUUGGGCACUGGCGUGAUCUCGGCACUGGAGACCGUGUCCCGCGACAUGACUCUGCCCAAAGACUGGCUGAAGGUGGACCGUCUCUUGAAGGGUAUCGCACACUUCUGGUGGAAGCAGCAUGAGGAAGAGCUCACCGAGCGGCGGAACGAGGGCAAUCAGAGUGCCUUAGUGGAGACUGCCCAAGGUGAGCUCAAUGGCUUGGAGUUGCAGCGCACGCUGCUUGGGACGGAGGGUCUUCACAGGCUGCUGUAUUCAACUUUGAUGCUCUACAGGUGGUGUAGAGACGGCAACGAGAUGACACUUAACGAGUGGGUGCAGUUAAACACCGGCAUCGAGGGCUGCGGAAAUGACAUCCCCUUGCACGUGCAGAUGGGCAUUUACAAGGCGGCGCUCAGCGAAGACUUCUCCCUGGAGGCCAGCCGCCCUGGGCCGCCCUUCAAGACGCCGCUGGCCUCCCUGCACGCGGCGGCCUUUGUCCGGUACCACGGUCGACCCCAGACCGACGGAGAGGUGGCGCACUGGCCGCAGGCUUCUCCACAUGUCCUUGCAGCCGAGGGUGGUGUGCUGGCAGCUGGGAGGAUGUCUCCACAGCCCCCAGGGCCUCCCGAAAAGCUGCGGAGAAGGUCAUUGACCGCGUUUUCCCAGCCCUUUGAUGCCGGUGGGUCCGGCCGCUUGGACGAGGAGGUGACAUGGCUGCGACUGCAUCAAUGGCUGCUCUUGCUGGCUUCGGCGGAGAACGCCGCGCCAUUCGCCUUUGUUUCGCUGAAGAAGGCUGCGCUGAUCCGGGCCGAUGCUCGUGUGCUGCAGAUCGUCCUGGCGCGUCGUGUUGAAGGCGAGUGGCCAGCGGCAAUGGUCGAUGACGACUGGCUGGAGCUUUGUUUGCUGCUUGGCGAUGGCCGCUUCCAGCUGCUCGAGGCGCCGGAGCUUGUGAUGAGGUUCGAUGAUGAGGCGGAAUUCCAGCGAUGGGCCAGCUACCUGCGUGAGCUUUGUAGCGAGGACGGCGACCGCAGACGAGCUGCCCUCAAGGUGCCACCUGUCCUUGUUGCCAGCGUUCCGCUGCCGUAG